AUGAGUAAGCCUAACCGACCGUUAUUGCCAGAAGCUCAAGGUGUUCUCGCUGCAACUGUUUACAUUAAUAUAAUGUUCCUCUUUAUCCCCCUUCCUUUUCGCGCGCAUAUUAUUCAGUCAAUGGGUCUAAAUAAUAUUUUAUCCCCACCAUCUUCUCUUUCUGACGAUGAUAUAUUAGCAGAACAAUCUAUUUUAUUUAAAAGACUUAUCCCUUUUCUUGCUGCGCUUCUUUCAAUAUGUUGCAUGAUAUUUUUGGGUUUCGCUGAUGAUGUCUUAAAUCUCCGUUGGAGACACAAACUUAUCUUGCCAACACUUUCUAGUCUCCCUAUUUUAAUGGUUCAUAUUGCAAACCUCGGGACUACACAUAUCGCUGUUCCACUUUCCCUUCAACGCUAUCUCGGCACUAGCGUUGACAUAGGUCCCCUCUACUACGUUUACAUGGGAAUGCUCGCAGUUUUUUGCACGAAUGCGAUAAAUAUCUAUGCGGGUAUCAAUGGACUUGAAGCCGGUCAAAGCGCUGUUAUUGCUUUCUCCGUCAUUGUUUUUAACCUCAUUGAACUUAACGAAUUCAAUAAGAGGCGCAGAAUGGAAAUCUCAUCUCUUCUCAUUCUAUUUCCUCCUUCCAUUCACAGGCGUUACCUUAGCUCUGCUGCAAAAAAACUGGCAAGUUAUCUUGACAAAAUGCAUGCAUGUACGGAAAUGCCGUUUUCGGAUAGUAAUUAUUCCAGUGAUUAUUUUUUUAGGUGUCCCGCUUCAAUUUUUGUUGGUGAUACUUUCUGCUACUUUGCUGGAAUGACUUUCGCAGUUGUAGGCAUCCUCGGCCACUUUAGCAAGACUCUAAUGCUCUUCUUUAUCCCACAAGUCUUCAAUUUUCUUCUCAGUCUCCCUCAACUCUUUCGAUUUAUUCCAUGCCCAAGACAUCGACUCCCUCUGUUUUGUGAAAAAAGCAAUGUCCUUUACCCAAGCACAGUUUCAGUGCAUCUGAGUUCACUCUCUCCACUUGGACGCUUGUGUCUGCGGAUACUUCUGACCUUAAGAUUGACGCAUCUUGUGGUCCCAGAUUCCUAUUGUGUGGAUUUGGACGCAAAGGAGGAAGCGGAUUCUGGUGAGUCUGUUACUAUUGACAAUCUCACUGCCAUCAAUCUCCUGUUGCGCCUUGCUGGACCUAUGACUGAAGCUCGCGCUACCACGUAUCUUCUCAUUAUUCAGGUAGGUCUUCUUAAUUGCCUUCAAUAA